UUUUUUUUUCUCUCUCCCUCUUUCUCUCUUACUCUUUCCACAUCAUGUAAUUUCACCACAAAGGAGCCGAGGAGCUCAGGUUCAAAUAAGGCUGUCAGGAAGAAACUGAGAGGCAGAGAGGAAAAAGAUGGGCUCUGGAUCCAGGGAUGAGAUUCGGGAUAGCCUGUUCCAAGGCAGCAGGUAACGUCCUGCCCUGCUGAACAGCAAGGACAUGCUAGGACAAUAAAACAGACUGCACAACAACAGUACUGCAAAGAAGAAGAAGAAAAAAAAAAAAGACAGAUUUUUUAAAAUAUUUAUAUAUUUUUUUUUUUACUGGAGAAUCUUUGGGACAGCAGAGUUUACUAGAAGAAGCGAACAUCAAGGGAUAUCCGUGAUCCUGGACAGGAUUGAGAAGAAGAUAAUUCCCGGCGUUUGAAAUUUUCACUUACAAACGAAGGACAAUGACAUCUCUGAACGUGGUCCCUCUGUUACUCCUUGUGGUUCUGGGGGUCACUUAUGGUGGCAGCACUCAAGAAUUUCAGAACAGUGAGGGCUCGGAGCCAGAAUUUAUCUAUAUGAACAGAGAGAGGCGGGCGGCAGACUCCUCGGAUAAAUGCAGCUACACCUUUAUCGUCCCCCAGCAGAAAGUCACCGGGGCCAUUUGCGUGAACUCCAAAGAGCAGGAGACGGCGUUCGAGAGCCGACUGCACAAACAAGAGAUAGAACUUUUGAACACUGAACUUCUCAAGCAGAAGAGACAGAUCGAAACCUUGCAACAGCUGGUGGAGGUGGACGGGGGCAUUGUGAACGAGGUCAAACUCUUGCGGAAAGAGAGUCGGAACAUGAACUCGAGGGUGACCCAGCUCUACAUGCAGCUGCUGCAUGAGAUUAUCAGGAAAAGGGACAACGCGCUGGAGCUCUCCCAGCUAGAGAACAAGGUUCUGAACCAAACCACAGAAAUGCUACAACUCACUAAUAAGUAUAAGGAUUUAGAGCACAAAUACCAGCACUUGGCCUCUCUAGCGAGUAACCAGUCUAUUGUCAUUGCACAACUUGAAGAACAAUGUCAAAAAAUGCCGCAAUCUCGGCCCAUACCACAACCGCCCCAGCAGCCACACCGGGUGCACCCGCCUCCCAACUAUAACCGCAUUAACCAAAUAUCUACCAACGAGAUACAGGGAGACCAAAACCUAAAGGUGCUUCCACCUCCUCUGCCUACAAUGCCAGUUGUGACCAGCAUACCAACCUCUACUGACAAACCUUCAGGCCCAUGGAAAGACUGUCUACAAGCGCUGGAAGAUGGGCAUGACACAAGUGGCAUCUAUUUGGUAAAACCGGAAAACACCAACAGAUUGAUGCAAGUGUGGUGUGACCAGAGACAUGACCCUGGUGGCUGGACCAUCAUCCAGAGAAGAGUUGAUGGGUCAGUCAACUUCUUCAGAAACUGGGAGACGUAUAAACAAGGAUUCGGUAACAUCGAUGGAGAAUACUGGCUGGGACUUGAAAAUAUCUACUGGCUAACGAAUCAAGCCAAUUACAAGUUAUUAGUCACCUUGGAGGACUGGCAAGGACGCAAGGUCUUCGCAGAGUAUGCCAGCUUUCGUCUGGAACCAGAAAGUGAAUUUUACAAGCUGAGGUUGGGACGGUAUGAUGGCAAUGCCGGAGAUUCCUUCACCUGGCACAACGGCAAGCAGUUCACUACCUUGGAUAGAGACCAUGAUGUAUAUACAGGUAACUGUGCCCACUACCAGAAAGGUGGAUGGUGGUAUAACGCCUGCGCUCACUCCAACCUCAAUGGAGUCUGGUACAGGGGAGGACAUUACCGCAGCCGCUAUCAAGAUGGCGUUUACUGGGCCGAGUUUCGAGGCGGUUCAUACUCAUUAAAGAAGGUUGUUAUGAUGAUCAGGCCAAAUCCCAACACUUUCCAUUGAAAAGGUUAAAAACAAAGACUCGUUCCACCAUUUGUACUGUAGUCAUUUCCCUUGUAGAAUCGGAGAUCGCAACGACAGACACAUAGACUGAACUGUCCGCCAGUACUGUAAGAUGAUGUACAAAUAUCUAUUCAAUGCUAUGACCUCUUUUUAUAAACCAGUACUUUCAUGGGAGCGUUCAUAAGUCUUACCAAAUACGUUGGGAGUACCGAAAACUUUGUCGCCCCGGAUUCCACGGACUUUAAAACAUUUUUUGCCUUUUCCUCAAACAAAACCAGCCCUUAGCAAACAUACGCAAUAAAAAGUAUAGCUAUAUAUGUCACAUAUGUAGACCACAGCUUAGGAUAUUUUGAAGUACUAUGUACUGAGAUGUAUUUUGUAUUAUCUUUUUGGAUUAUUUUGACACAGGAAGCAGCCUCCAAUGAAAUCUAUAUAGCAGUGAAUGUAGAAAGCUAAGCUAGUCUUCUUCUCAGUAUGUUGCUUUAUUUUAACUUACCAACUAUAGCAAAGAGGAUAAACUGUAAUAAACUAUAUGUUAGGACUACACUAAUGUGGUCUCUAUCCUAACCACGGAGAGCUACCCCCCACACUCCUAUUCAGGACAUACAAUAAUUUCAGUCCGCUCAUGGACUCAUCACGUACUGUAUCUACGUACCCGCUUCUGUUGUGUGACCUCUACGACAACCAUUCUUCAUCAGGGAACUACACGUUUUGCUAUAACCGAACAACCUACCUGUACAGUAUAUAGAGAACUAUGUACAUAUAUAUUUUUGCAGAAACAUAACAAACAUACAUUACCCCCAAACCAUGUUCCUCACCGAAACCUGCACAGCUGCCGUUCUAAAAUUCGUUUCUAAUCUACAUCUUUUAAAAUGCGGCAUCCAACUUUGCAGGCAAAUGAUGGGUGCCAUCUACAAAUUUAAUGGUAUGUAAAAAACUAUAGAUGAAUUCACUUUUUCUAAUAAAAAAAAUAUCAAGUUUUUGCAAAUAAAUGUGUUUAAAUUUGA